GUCCUCCAAGAUGCUGAGUGUUUAUAACCGUGCAGGCAGACGUCUUCAGAUGCAGUCAUAUUGCUCCUGAGAGUUUUUACUGGAGAGCGGCAGCAGUUCAGAAUAUUUUACAUGGAGGCUUUAUCAACAUAUUUUGUGGAGGAGACCUUUUGUAUGAGAAGCAGAGACGAGGAAGAAGAUGAAGAUGAAGAGGAGGAAGGUGAAGAGGGGUUUGAAAUCCAGGAUCAGCUGAGAGUGAGUGACGAAGGAAACAGGGUUGACGAUGAGGAAAGAGACAACCAGGAAAGUUAUAAUGAUGAGACCGAAGAAGAAGAAGACGAGGAUGAUUGUGAUGAAGAGAUGGAGAUGAUCAUGGUGGUCAUAGACGAGAAGGACCAACCUAAGAGGGGUGAUUCUAACUGCAGUAACACGGCCGGCGAUGAGGACAUUUCAGGACAGACGUUAGAGAAACAAACAGCUGCCCAGCGGUUCAAACCCCCGGCCUGGACUCCCAGCGUCAUGUGCAGCCUUGGUAAAGACAUCUACCACUACGCAGGGGAGGACAUCGUCAUCUAUGAAUCCAUAGACUCCUUUGGAGCAGUCAUGUGGCCGGCAGCGUUGGCUCUGUGCUCCUUCCUGGACAACAACAGGGAGGAGGUGAACCUACAGGGGAAGGAGGUGCUGGAGCUGGGAGCAGGAACAGGACUGGUCACCAUCGUGGCCACACUGCUUGGAGCUGUGGUCACAGUCACAGACUUACCGGAUGUGUUGAGUAACCUCAGGGCAAAUGUGAUGAGGAACACCAGGGGGCGUUGCAGACACCUGCCCAAGGUGGAAGUUCUGUCCUGGAGCUACGACCUCGAGCCCACCUUCCCUACAUCCCUCUACAGGUACGACUACGUGCUGGCAGCUGAUGUGGUCUACCACCACGACUUCUUAUCCGAGCUCCUUGCCACCAUGAAGCAUUUUUGUCGACCCGGGACGAAGGUGAUCUGGGCCAACAGGGUCAGGAUGGAGUCUGAUCUGACUUUCACCGAGAACUUUAAAAAGACUUUUCACACAAGUUUAGUGGCGGAGGACGGAGACAUGAAAAUCUUCAUGGCGACGUGCAGAAAGGGAGACACAGAAAAGGAGUGGUUGGAUCACUGAACUGGUUCACUGGGUACAGGCCUGUGGGCCCUAGGGGUUAUGUGGCCCUUACAUCAGACCCCCUGAAGUGCUUGUGCUAAACGUUUUUUGUUAAGUCAAAGGGCUUUUGAAUGAGGAUGUGUCGGUCACAGUAUUUGGGUUAGGUUUAGGGUUAGCCUUUAACCCAAAUCCCACUGACAGUGACAUAGAGAACAGAUUUUAAGUUUGGCAGCAACAACAUGAUUGGCGGAUUGAUAUCAUAGUAACCUCUGAUUGGAUCUGCUGAUUUGAAGAGGCGGGAGAAAGUCAUCCUGAUUGAACUAACGCUAUAAGCUUCGUUAUCAGCAUCACAGAUGUUCUCUUUUUUGUAGAGGAUAUUAUUUUUGUUAAAUAUAGUGUGUGUCAGUUUGGUUUUGUUUUUCCAGUUUGGUAAAAAAACAUGAAAACAGCGGCAUGACUGAGAUAAGGUGAAGGAUGGGGUCACAUACACUGGGCCUUUUACCUCCGAAUGGACAUCAUCUUAAUUCCUUUAGGAACAGUUCAGAAAGUCACUAGGAUCACAUGCAUAAAUAAUGAGAAACGCAAUUCGUUAAAAGGAAUAGUUCACCAGAAAAUGAUAAUUCAAUCAUUAUCUACACACCCCUAUGCCGAUGGAGGGCUGGGUCAUUUCACCGUGUUUUAAACCACUAACACCAAAAGUGGAUAUGCUAGUUGACGAUGGCAUUUCUGACAGUCCCUGAAUGCACCUCGUCAGAAGAUACCAGCAGACACUUAGACCUCGUUUCGAGUUGAAUAUGAAUGUCGGGCUUGUGGACACUUGGAUGACACUACAGGAGCAGUAUGGAGGCAUGUGUGGGUUUUUCUGAAGAUAAGCCCCUAAAAUUUCUGUUGUGUUGGAAUGGGAUGCUCCACUGUGUACCCCUGACACUCAAGCAGUAUUUCGUGGACUCAAACACUUGACCCACCCCUCCAUCGGCAUAGGGGUGAGUAGAUGAAUUUUAAUUUUUAGGUGAACUAUUCUUUUAAGGAUGCAUGUGCUGCACGAGGAAACCAAAGCAAAAUAUUAGUUUUCUGUAUUUUGCCUCCAGCAUGAGUCUUACACGGGACAUUGCAGUAAUGUCAGACUCAUUUAAUACAGUAAUAGGAAAUUGAAGAAACACUUUUUUGUCUUGUACUUUAUCUUGUCGUGUCUCUAUAAACCCAUGUAUAAUGAAUUCUCUCAUUUUGAAGAACACAACUAAAAUAUGAAAAGUUGACGCUCAAAUUGUAUUGGGUGUAAAUAAGUGUGAGAGAGACGACCACUGUGUCUUCCGAAUUAUUUUUAUUCAGUGUCAUUUUCCUUGUUUGUGACUUGAUUUCCAUGUGAGCACAAAAUGUCGCGACAGUAGCUCAGGUCUUUCCCACAUGUUAUGGAGGAAGAAUGGGUAUAAAAUAAUACUGAGCAUUCAACCUCAUCCCAUAAACAUUCUGUAAAACAUUGGCAUUUACUACAUUUCAUGACUAUAAAUACAAACACUCAACAUCCAGAAGUUUAAAUUCUUCCUGACACCAGCGGAGUGCGGAGCAACAGGUAUGAGGCGACUGUCUGGUGCCAGAACUGGACGGUUCAGUCCUGCGGUGAAAGUUAAGGCCGUUCUCGGAGAGACUGUCAUAAGCAACGCGUACUGACGACUGCGGAGCCCUGAACAUGACGUCUGUCUGAACCAAAACCCGAACACAGGAGAAAGAAAAGGUCAAAAAAAUGACAGAGAACAGAACAGAAAAGAUAGAAAAAAAAAAAACAGUAAAAAUGAUCGACACACAUUUUUUUCGAAGACCAAAAUCAAAUCGCUCCUGUAAAGUCCAUGUGCACUUGGAGAGGCCUGUGCUGAGGCUGCUGCAAAAAGUAAAGACAAAUCACAGCUAAAUACAGAAAAGCAAAGUGUUGCUACCUCUGGGUCAUUGUGAGUUGUGACUACUGAUUGGUCAUUUCAGAAAAGAUUGAUUAUUCCCAUGAGGACUAAAGGCCUCAUCUUGAAAGCAGCUGCUUUUACAUUCUUAAGUUUAUACCUUCCACUUGUGAGCGGACAGAAAACAUCAGGGAAAGACGCCAUGAGUUAAAAACAUUACUGUAUACCCUAAUUUCCUUCUUCUACAAAAUGUUAAAAUGUUCAAUUUCACCGUCGUUAGUUUUACUGCUAAAACUUUUCAGCCUUCAUAAUUAACAUGGGAUAAACCCAAUUGGGUUAAACUGACUAUACUACAGUAUGUGGCAGGAACUGUUUGUUUUUACAGAAAUUAAAAAAGGGCCAAUCACAAAUCUAAACAGGAAACGACUGAACGGAUGUCACACUUGCUCAAAGGGGAACUCCACUCCUUUCCACAUUAAAGUCUGUUCUCAGGUCUCGGGUACUAGCCGCCCUGACACAAGUAAGGUGAAGCUUCAGGGGAAACUGAAAAGUCUGACAAUUUAUUGAAAUAAGCUUAUUUGAAAUAAUCGAGCUCUGCAGCCUGUUCCUCCGGACGGUUGCUGUGUGAAACGGUUACGAUUUGAUGUUCGACGUCAUUGUAAGAAGACGGCGGAGAAAUUUGAAUGAAUUCAGACUCAAUGUUCAUCAUGGAAAGAAAUGAAUGGAAACCAACGAUUAUUUGAAAGAAUAGCUCCCAACAAAAUUCUAAAAUAACCAAAUAAACACAAUGGUUCACUCUGAUGUGAUUUAUAAUAAAACAUACAAAACCACUGGCUUAGUCCUUCCAAGAAAAUAAUGUGUUUGAAGAUAAACUAAAAUAAACUUCUGAUGAACCCCCCCACUCUAAAUGGCAAUCGUUUUAGUUUCGUUCACAAAAUAUGCUCACAGGUUCACAUAAAAUCAUUCACAAACACACGCUAAGAAAGUGGAUAUGGUCAAAAUCUUGUUUCUGACUAAAAAUCUUCCAAAUAAAACUUUUUUCAUACAUCCUAGAAGACAUGCAUAUAUGCAAAAUACAUUGAUUAGAAUAAUAUUUGUAUCAUAUACCUAUUGCAUCAUAAUAUUUUUAUGUUACGUGUGUCUGUACAUUUUAUGACAUUGUGUCCAAAUGCAACAUUUGAAAUGCGGCAGAGAAAAAACUGGACUACGACAUGAACAUUUUUACAGUGACAUGUGAUGUGAUCAUCCUAUGGCUUCCACCAACUGCAACUGUGUUAAGUGAGGUCUGUGUGAUGGUCGUCAAAUGUGGUGUUUGGGUAACCAGUGUGAUGUGUCUGAUCAACACCUAUGGA